UCUGAGUCCCUCCCUGAGAAUCUUCACUGCUGCAGCUCCACUCACAUCUCCUGGAGAAGUUCCUGCUGCACGAAAGCAAAGAAACACAACUACUAUCUGAGGAGUGUAGGUGAUCCUCUGCAGCCAUGUGUGACCAGACCUUCAUGGCGGCCACGUUCGGCCCCUGUGACAGCUGCAGUAAAGCCAGUCCGCUGAUGAACAUCUACAUUAAGAGCGAGGCCAUCAACUACUGCUCCUUCUGUGUGGAAAUGAUGGCCUGUCAGGGGCUCCAGAAGGGAGAGACGCUGCAGUCCCUGAAGAAGGAGAGCGACAGUCUGAAGAAGAAGCUGGAGGAGGAGCGGGGCAAGCUGAACGACGUGGAGCUACACCAGGUGGCUGAGAAGGUGGAGGUGCUGUCUUCUCUGUCCAUAAAGACCAGACGGGUGCUGAAAGGUCACGGGAACAAGGUGCUGUGCGUGGACUGGUGCAAAGACAAACGGCGCCUGGUCAGCUCCUCACAGGAUGGAAAAGUUAUAGUUUGGGAUGCUUUUACUCUGAAUAAGGAGCACGGGGUGACCCUGCCGUGCACAUGGGUGAUGGCUUGUGCGUACGCUCCUUCAGGCUGCGCUGUGGCAUGUGGCGGCUUGGAUAACAAAUGUUCGGUGGUCCCGCUGUCACUGGACAAAAACGAGAACUUGGCUGCAAAGAAGAAGUCCGUGGCCAUGCAUACUAACUACGUGUCAGGAUGCACCUUUACCAACUCUGACAUGCAGCUCCUGACCUCCAGUGGUGACGGCACAUGCGCCCUGUGGGACGUGGAAAGCGGGCAGCUGCUGCAGAGUUUCCAUGGUCACACCGCCGAUGUGCUGUCCUUGGACCUCGCUCCAUCAGAAACUGGAAACACGUUUGUCUCUGGGGGCUGUGAUAUGAAGGCCAAUGUGUGGGACAUGCGCUCUGGACAAAACAUCCAGUCUUUUGAGAGCCACGAGUCUGACAUCAACUGUGACAGGUACUACCCCAGCGGAGACGCAUUUGCAUCUGCGUCAGACGAUGCCACGUGCCGUUUCUAUGAUUUACGAGCUGACCGUGAAGUGGCGGUCUACCAGAAGGACAGCGUGAUAUUCGGAGCGUCCAGCGUGGAUUUCUCUCUGAGUGGCCGCCUGCUGUUCGCUGGUUAUAACGACUACACCAUGAACGUGUGGGAUGUGUUGAAAGGAACUCGGGUCUCCAUCCUGUUUGGCCACGAGAACCGCGUGAGCAGAGUGAGAGUGUCGCCGGAUGGCACUGCCCUCUGCUCGUCCUCCUGGGACAACACCUUACGGAUUUGGGCCUAAUUACACCUUUUGAGGAUUUGUUCUGUUUCUGCUACCAUCAAAAGAUGAUUGAUCCCUUGCCCCAAUGAUAAAAUACUUCAGUGUGACACAAGAACACAAACAUUACUUUAAAAAAAUAUCUAACCCAGAUUUUUUUAGCUUUUAAGUAGAUUAACAAAUCAUUAGCUGCAAAUAUUGACUAUAAAAAAAUAUUCUGUAUGAUGUGAUUUUAUGGUUACAGUACAGUUUUGUAAAUUAUGUACAUAGAUUAACCUUCCUCAGAAUUAUCUUGUGAAUGAAAAAACUCUUUAUUGCAUUGAAAAAAAUAAUACCUAGAUGUCACUGCUUUAGAAAAUAUAUAAAGUACAGCAGUUUAAGUUAGUUUGUAAAGAGAAAAUAAAAAAAAUUCUGUAUUCUU